UCGCUCUGCCUCUCUGCCUGACAUCCACAUGCUGCGCUGCCUGAAAAGGCGGCGAGGCAGCCGAGAGCCACGCAAAGGCAGGCAGGCAGGCAGGCAGGCGAGGAGGCGCCCGCAACGCAACGCACCGCUCCGCACAGCACUUCUGCCGACACCCGCAGCCCCGCCGCCGGCACCAGGGAAGGCACAAGGGAAGGACAGCCGGGAGCCCCGCGGCGGCAGAGGAGGCUGCUGGAAGAGAGGAGGCAAGCGCCCGGGGUGCCAGCCUUCGCCUUCGCCCGGAGCCGAGGGAUGCUGCCGCUGCUGCUGCCGCCGCCGCCUUGAACCCGCCCUGCCGGCAGCCCCGGAGCGCCUCGUGCCAGCCCGGCCGUCCCCGGGAGAGCAGCCGCCGCCGCCGGCGCACGGGUCGCCCACGCAGGAGGCCGGCGGGCCAGCAGCAGCAGCAGCAGCAGCAGCAGCGGGCAGGGAGAGAGAGAAGCGCUCCCCUCGCUCGGGAGGGAUCGCGCCGCCGCCGCCGCCCAACAUGGAUCCGCUUCCCGGCCUCUGGGGAUUGGUGUGGCUGCUCGUGGCCGGCCGCGGCGUCCUGGGCCAAGCAGCUCCAUCGUGCGGGGGCCAUUUGAAUUCCAAAGAUGCUGGCUACAUUACUUCACCUGGCUACCCGCAGGACUACCCCUCCCAUCAAAACUGCGAGUGGAUCAUCUACGCUCCAGAACCCAGCCAGAAGAUUAUCCUCAACUUCAACCCUCACUUUGAAAUCGAGAAACACGAUUGCAACGUGGAGCCGAACUGCUUGAGCCAAGAGUUUUCCUGGGUACCAUCCAUUACCUCCGAUAAUCCUCCGGAUUGUCUCUGCUUGAAGAUAAAGCUGCAUGAUUUAAUUUUGCAAGGGAGUCGUUUUGCCCAGGAUGGGAAGAUGCUGAGAAUAACAAUAAGCCCGUUGGUGGUGGAAAGCGCCGUCCAGUUGCAGGCCGUGUCAGAUGGUGUGAAGUCAAGUAUCUUGCCCCCAAGGCGAAAGGUGGGCCCUAUCCGAUUGAAACGGUGCUUCCAGAUGGAACGAAAUGUCUGGGUGGCAGAUCCCCAGCCCAAUGGAGAUCACAACCACCUUGCCAACCCCAUUUGUAACCACGCGCACCUUCUCUGGAAACAAGCAGAAAAAGUAACAGAAACCUGUUUGAUAUUAGCUUUGCGUGUGUGUAAGCUCAGGCAAAGCUCCGGGGUCAGGUUUCAGUGCCUGGGGUUGAGCCCAGGAAAAAGCCACGUCCAGCGAUUCUGGAAGCCUAGUCUAGUCCAUUUGCCAGGAGGCCGGGGGUUCCAGGAACAGUCGUCUCGCAGUCCAGGAUCUCCAUGUCGUGGCGCAUACCAUCCUGGACAGUUCACCAGCUCCUGGGAGGAGGAGCUUUUAGGAAGCAGCAGGCGAAGCCGGAAAGAAGGAAAUCGGUGCUCUGCAAACUUCCAGUGCAACAUUCCCUUGGGGAUGGAAUCUGGCCGGAUCUCCAACGAACAGAUCACGGCCUCCAGCACUUACUCCGAUGGCAGGUGGACCCCGCAGCAGAGCCGUCUCAAUAGCGACGACAACGGUUGGACUCCUAAUAUGGAUAACAACAGGGAAUACUUGCAGGUGGAUCUUCGCUUCCUAACGGUGCUGACAGCCAUCGCUACCCAGGGCGCCAUCUCUCGAGAAACGCAAAAUGGCUACUACGUCCGGUCGUACAAGCUGGAGGUCAGCACAAACGGGGAGGACUGGAUGAUGUAUCGGCAUGGCAAAAACCAUAAAGUCUUCCAAGCAAACACCGACGCUUCGGAAGUGGUUCUCAACAAACUCCAUGCUCCUGUGUUAACUCGGUUCGUACGGAUCCGGCCCCAGCUGUGGCACAGCGGCAUUGCCCUCCGAUUGGAGCUGUUCGGCUGCCGUAUCACAGAACUUCCAGCUUACAAGAGAUGUCCCCAUGUGGAAUCCCUGACCCCAAAUUUUGAACAGAAGAGCGCAACACCAUCCAGCAGAUUCUUGCUCGGCUCCCAUUCAUCCGGCGUGGAUCCACCGCUCUUUUCCAGCUGCGUCUCUGCAACAUAUUUCCAGCUCCCCAUAGGAUUCAACUGCAACUUUGAUCUUCCGGGAGACCUUUGUGGUUGGACGCAUGAUGCAUCAACAGGAUUUACGUGGACUUUCCAUUCCAGAAACACCUGGACUAGCCAUCUGGGACCAGGCAUCGGGGCCUACCCGGAUGGCAAGCAUCAUCUGAGGCUGCAGAGCAGCGCGAGAAGAGAAGGACAGCACGCCCGGCUGGUCAGCCCCAUGGUCUUCUCCCCCAGGAGCACCUUGUGCAUGGUGUUCCGGUAUCAGCUGUCCGGUGGGUCUGGAACGACGCUCCAGGUGUGGCGGGAAGCGAUCCACGAGAGCAAGCCCCUGUGGAUCGUCAGGGAAGAUCAAGGGGAUGAGUGGAAAGAGGGCAGGAUCCGGCUGCGGAGCUACGACACGGAGUAUCAGAUUGUGUUUGAGGGAAAUAUAGGCGAAGGACAUUCAGGAGAGAUUGCCAUCGAUGAUGUCCGAAUGGGCACCGAUAGUUCCCUGGAGAACUGUAUGGAACCAAUCUCAGCUUUUCCUGGGGAUCAUACUUUUGGGAUUUCAGUGGAUUUCCCAAGGUUAGAGGAUGGCCUUUCAAUGCAUGGGGAAGAUUUUGGAGAAGAUGCUAGUGAUGAUUACUUAGACCUGGACAAGAACGGCUCGCUAUUUCCCUCCAACUCACCGCUGACCCCCAAGGUGGACAAGGAGAAGAGCUGGCUGUACACUCUGGACCCGAUCCUGGUGACCAUCAUUGCCAUGAGCUCGCUGGGCGUUCUGCUGGGGGCCAUCUGUGCCGGCUUGCUGCUGUACUGUACUUGCUCCUACACGGGCCUCUCCUCCCGGAGCUCGACGACUUUGGAGAAUUACAACUUUGAGCUUUAUGACGGCAUCAAGCACAAGGUCAAAAUGAACCACCAAAAAUGCUGCUCGGAGGCAUGACUGAUUGCGCCGGAAUCGCAUUUGACAUUUCAUUCCGGCAUGAGUGGCUGGCGAAGAUUACUUUUUAUAUGGGAACUGAACGCCAUAAUCUUACACGAGCCGGUGCUGGAAUACUGAAGUGGGGAGGGGGUCAACAACAGCCCUGUUGGAGGCGGGGGAGGAACUGAGAAGGAGGCAGGCAUAAACCUCCACAAAAGAGGAUUACAAAUCUGCAAAGACUGCUGGCUUGUUGCUUGAACGAGGACUGGGCCGGGCCGAGCGAAGGAGCCGCGUCCCUGUCGUUUCCACAUCUUUUAUGAGUGACUUAGAUCCUCAGCUGUCGGAAUGGUUGGUUUGCAUUUAGGGAAGUGAGAAAAUGUUGAUCGUUAUUUCCCGCUUCCUUUUCUCAAAUGGAAUGGCUGAGAACUCUCCCCCCCCCCCACAUUUUGGUGGCCAUUCUGUGAAGUUAUACAGAAUUAAACACACAGAAAAGUCCCCUCCCCAAUCUGGUUUGUCACAGUUCAGAAAAGACCCCUUGAUUUUUAUAGAUUUGCUCUUUGGUGUAGGUAGUACAAACCCAGAAAGCUGUGGCUUCCAGGCACCCCUGAACGAAAGCCUGUUGAUGCCUUUUUUCCCCGGAUCAGGAGGAGAGAAGAAUUAGGCCGGAGGGUCAAUGGGAGCAGCCGCUGCUUUCUUCCCAGAUUACAAAGCGAAAGCGAGAGGUGAGCCCGAGGUGCCGGAAAAAAUCCCCAGCAACACCUCCUCGAAAGAAGGAGAAGAGCCUUAAAACGAUUUGCGAAUAAGAGCCAUUUAUUAAAUCCAGAUCUUGGAUUGAAACAGCAGAGGCCUUCUUCUUCCUAAGGGCCCUUUUUGUCUUUUACUUUUCCGUUCUGUCCUUUUAAAAAAAAAAGCUGUUCUUUUAUUAUAAGAAAACCACCGCAAACAAAAGACACAAUGGUAAGGUGCCCAAGAACUCAGGAGAUGGCUUUUUUUGUAUGUUUGGAGAGGAAGACACAGGCGGCUGCUAUCUUUGGGGGUGGGGGGGGGCUGCAGCCACUCUGAUGACAGGGUGGGAGCGGGGGGGGGGGAAGCGUAGUGUUAUCUAGCCCACUGCCGCGUGGGCACUGUACCUCUGUCCUCUGACAGGUGUGGUUUAGUUUCUUCAUUUUAUUAGCACUAAGGGCUCCAUCCUGCAAAUACCGGCUGUGAAGCACACCCUCUGAACAAGUGGCGCGUGGACCGUAGUUGAACUGUCCUGCUGCUCACUGUCCGGCAGAGACAAGAGGUUUUUUUUUGCGGAGUUAGACCCUCGGCUGAGAAACGACCACUGCUGCGCUGGGGGCCCUGGCGAUGUCGCCGGGUUUAGCGUUCAGUGGAUGUUCACGCGUGGACGAUGAAUUACAGGGUCCCGACCAAUCUGCUGUCGACCUCCUUGACCUUUUCGAGCAACGCCACUUGCUGCUCCGUCGUUUGCCGAGCAGAUCGUUUGUUUUCGAAGGGUUCGGUAUGCUUUUCUUGUGUGUGUUUUUUUUAAUCAAGUGCCUUAGAAAUCUAUUUUCCCCCCUCGACGUAGAGAUGUGUGACAUAUCAAAAAUAAAAAAGUGAGGCGUUCGCCCUUUCCCCCGUC